GCGCCACAGCUCUGCACUCUACCAACCUAUCCCCCUCUGCACAUGCCCGGCAUAUGGCGCACUCCACUGUUGGUCCGGCCCUGUCGCCCUGCUCGAGGCCCCCAAAACCCUCUUCUAGGCCUCCACAUUGUUAAAUGGAGUACUGUACUCGAUUAGAUUAGUAGAUUAAUUACACACACUUCGCUCUCAGUCUAAGCUCGGUGCCUGAGUGCCUUUGCCUUCCUUAACCAAGAAGCAUAUAGCUACUGAUUGGUGGCUGCGCGUCCCUGCUGCUUCCAGGCAGGCUCAGUGCGAGUAUAAAAGCGCAGGUAGCUGCUAGUGCCAUAAAGAGCAGGCGAGGAGGAGUGCCUGGUGAUAGAGAUAGCGGUGGCCAUGGCGGUGCAGAGGGUGGUGGCGCUGUACUUGCAGGUGGCGGCGGCGGCGGUGCUGCUGGCGGCGGCGGGGCUCCGCGCGCAGCUGCGGGUGGGCUUCUACGACAGCUCGUGCCCGGCGGCGGAGAUCAUCACGCAGCAGGAGGUGAGCAAGGCGGUGGGCGCGAACCCGGGCCUCGCCGCCGGCCUGCUCCGCCUCCACUUCCACGACUGCUUCGUCAGGGGGUGCGACGCGUCCGUACUGAUCGACACGACCAGCGGCAACACGGCGGAGAAGGACGCCGGGCCCAACACCAGCCUCCGGGGAUUCGAGGUCAUCGACCGCAUCAAGGCGCGCGUCGAGCAGGCCUGCGCCGGCGUCGUCUCCUGCGCGGACAUUCUCGCCUUCGCCGCCAGGGACAGCGUCGCGCUGACCGGCGGGAACGCGUACCAGGUGCCGGCGGGGCGGCGUGACGGCGCCGUGUCGCGCGCGUCGGACACGAACGGCAACCUGCCGCCGCCGUCGGCCAACGUGGCGCAGCUGACGCAGAUGUUCGGCGCCAAGGGCCUGACGCAGCGGGACAUGGUCGCCCUCUCCGGCGCGCACACCAUCGGGUCCUCGCACUGCAGCUCCUUCAGCGGCCGGCUGGCGCGGUCGGGCACCACGGCGGGGGGCCAGGACCCGACCAUGGACCCGGCGUACGUGGCGCAGCUGGCGCGGCAGUGCCCGGCGCAGGGCGGCGACCCGCUGGUGCCCAUGGACUACGUCUCCCCCAACGCCUUCGACGAGGGCUUCUACAAGGGCGUCAUGGCCAACCGCGGCCUGCUCUCCUCCGACCAGGCGCUGCUCAGCGACGGCAACACCGCCGUGCAGGUCGUCACCUACGCCAACGACCCGGCCACGUUCCAGAGCGACUUCGCCGCCGCCAUGGUCAAGAUGGGCUCCGUCGGCGUGCUCACCGGCACCAGCGGCAAGAUCAGGGCCAACUGCAGGGUCGCCUGAUCGCUCGACCCCUUUAUUUUCGUGUGGAUCGGACUUGUAGAUUGAUCGAUUGAUUGGUUUGGACCGGCCGACGUGGUAGCUAGCAUGGCUUAUUGGUUGCAACCUGUAUGUACGCUAAUACGCUAUGUUCUUUGUGCGUGAUUGGGCUGUAGUGCAAGACCUCUGUAUUCUUUGGAGGAUUCACCUGUAUUCUUUUUCUUCCCCCCUUCCCCAAUUGAGGUGUGUCUCUUCUAGUCUUCUGAGAAGACGUAACUGGCAGAAAACUGCUCGUGUACCAAAUGGUGCUUAAUAAAAGGGUUAAAUGUUUAGUAA